AUGUACAAGGUUUUAAAGUCUAUCCUGGAUCGUAUGGUGGAAGUAGAAGAAGUGCCUUUUUCCAACAAAGAUGUAGAACAAUUGUGCAUUCAUGGAAUUCAAGUUUGCACUCUUGAAGGAGCAUGCUAUACUGUGACACUGCCUUACAACGGGUUAUAUGUGGGAUUUAGUUGUGGUUCGCCGCUUGCAUUUCCAGUUCAGUUGCACUCUUUGAAACCAACACUUGAGACAUUGAUGAACUGGAAGUUUAUGGACUUAUGGAUAGGUCCAAAGAAACAAGCGAGGAAGGAAAAGUAUCACGAGAAACUUGCUUCCCAAGUGAAAGAUAUAAUAAUGGGCGAACCCGUUACUAAGGACGACAAGAAGAAACGUGCAGUAAAGGCCUUGCAGAGACAUGAUACAGCAAUGAAUAUUGUCAACAUUCUCAAAAGUAUGCCGGAUCCUACUGCAACGCAGGAAGAGCAAGUGGAGGAAGUGGAAACGAAAGGGAGCACUAAUGAUGUCAACAAUGUUAAUGAUGAUAACGGCAACGUAGUUACAAAGAAGUCAAAUCAUUUUUGGUUUUCAUUUAUGAGAUUUAAUCGUGCCGAGACAAAAACAACAUUCUCAUCCGAGACGUCAAAUUCCUCAGAAAACCCUAGUGCAGAAGUUUCGGUUACUCAAUCGUCCAAUUCCACAGAACUCAUACCUAAACCUCAUGUUCGCCCGUCCGAGACUGAAAUCUCUGUCCAUGUCUUCUGGUGGGGUUACGAGAUCUACGUUCCUACUCCUUGUAUGGGUCGUUUGAAUCAGGCUGAGAACGUCAGCCAGGCGUUCGUUGGGUUCAUACGUUCAAUUGCCGGUUCUGUUAGUGCAUUGACACCGUACUGGGGAUUCAUAUCGGCCUGGGUUGGAUUACAAUUUAGCAUUAUCAAAAUGCAGGAUCACGGUCAUGGUGUUGUGAUAGCUGCCACAUGGGUACUUCCUAUUGCGUUGAUACCGCGACCUUGGGACGAAGAUUGA